AGUAUGCAUUAAAUGUUUUGGUUAUUAUGUAUUUACUGAACGAUUAUCAGAAUCACAAUUAAGAAUUCUCGACUAUUUCACUAUUGUAAAUUUCUAAUUACUUCGUGAAAGUAAUGCCGUUGCAGCGUAUCCUGAAAACACCAGAAAGGAUUUAACAAAAAAUAUGAACGAGAAUAAAAUCUUAAUACGUUUUAUUGAUAAAAUCAUUUUUAUAACUAAUGCAAUUCAGAAAUGAUAAUACAAAUAAUAUUAAAGAGCUGUCAGAAAACAGAAAACUAAAACAUACUUGUUAUCAUGGAAACUACAGUUUAAUUUACACUGAUUACCGGAAACCAUUUUCGCCAUUUCAAAACUAGCAAAAUGGUUCAAAAGGGCAAAAAAACUUUUACUAUGGCAAGGAUUCAUUCACCCUCCCUAAUAUGGAUACUUACGUAGGUGAAUAUUGUGCACAUCGCAAUGGAAUGAUUUGGCGAGAAGGUCGGGGUUCCUACAAAACACAAGACGGACACAUUUACGAGGGACUAUGGCGUGAUGAUAAACUAGUCGAUUUGAGACCAAUCAAAAUUUCUUACCCGAAUGGCAACAUAUUUGAAGGAACAUUAAGCAAAAACAAAUACGAAGGCAACGGAAAUGUUAUUUUCCCUGGUGGCCUAAGAUUAUCCGCUAAUUUUAAAGCUAAUAAACCUGUCGGAAUGUUUCAUUUGAUUGACUCAACGGGGCAACUCUGGAAGCAAAUACCACAAGAUGAAAAAACAAAUUUGAAAGCCACAAAAAUUAUUUGUCGUCCAGAGCAAAUCUUUUUUAAUAACAUACAUCCACUGCGUGGCGUUAAAAAGCAAAUAUUGCGCGAUAUCGAACCGGCCUGGGCUACUGAAGGUACAAGUGAUAUGAGUGAUACCGAUGAGGCAUCAGAAGAAACUGUAAACUUGACAGAAAAGGACUGGGAGAAAAUCAUAUUUGCCAAAAAGCCUAAAGUUGACGAUACAAUGGAUUGGGAGAAUUUUCCGUGGUAUCAAAGUUUCGCAACUUUUAAACAUAGACGGCAAACAAUUCUUUCUAAGGUUGAACAUCAUGAGACACUAACUGAUGAUGAGAAAAAGUGGUACGGUCGGUAUGCAAUGUCGCGAAGGCAAAAGCGUAACCAGCUAAACUACAACGAAACUGUUGAUACGAAUCAAACCGCCUUAUUAGAAAAGUUCUACAGCGAAACUCAUAGACAGAGUGCUAAGCCAUACUCAACUUACUACCCUACAUACUACUGGCAUACUCCACAAGAAGAACAGGAAACUGACGAAAGUCUGCAAGAAUAUACCGAGAGUAUUGAAGAACAACCAACAGAACAUUUUGAGUACAUAUUUGAAGAACCAAGCAGUGAAGAGAAUCAAGAUUUAGAAGAAUGUGUAACGCCAAAUCCUUCCAUUGCAUGUGGAACUAGUUCAUUGUUUGGUUUCGUCGAGACUGCAACAGGAAUAACACUCAAUAAUCCUUGCAAAUCACAGCUAUAAAAUUCAAAAUGUUUAUAUAACAUCACUUUAAACAAUAAAUAAAAAUGAAUGAGUAA